AUGGACGACGCAUCGUUCGAGGAGCUCUCGCCCAAGACGCUCAUGGAGAGGUCCCGUAAGCGCGAGCGCGUGGAGAGCGCCACGUACGACCAACAGGCGCAGAGCAUUCACGACAGCAGUGACGAUAAACACGGAGACAGGAAGCUUCGGCUCCACAGCUUGUUUUGUGCCAACACAGUGUGGGACAAGACCGCUCCUGUUGGAGCAGAUCGAGCAGACCGGACGCUGUGUUCCUCGGCAUUUGUGGUGCAACAGAAGGCUUUGCGUCGACCACGGUCGGCGCCGAAUCUCACGGAACAGGCUGACAACCAAAUGAUCGCGCGUAUCUUUCCAGACAUAUGUCCACGAGAGCUGCGUAUCGCAGAGGUGAAGCUGUGGAAGUGUCCGUGGAUGAGUAAAGACUGUUCGAUAUCGGAGAAGCUCGAGACAGCUCGAGAGAUGUCGGAACAGCAACAAAAACAAGCAAUGGAUACGGAAAACGAAACGUCGACUGGCGUGGCAACGCAGUCAUCGACUCAUGCAGAGUCUAGCGUUCCAGAUACCGUACCGACGACAAGUAUGGCGGAUACAUGUUGCUGCACUGAUAAUGACGAUACGGCCGAUCACGUGGAUAGUACGGCAAAAACACUGGACAACGAAGUUGACGCAGUAGCGAGUCAUUUGUUACUGGAAGAAAAGGAAGAGAUACCGCCAGUCAUACCAGAAGCAACAGAUCUAUUGCCAUCCGCAGGCGUGCGGCCUCCAGUGCCUACCACGCGUAGUCCUGCGCCGCUGUGGAAAGCUGUCGAAUCAGCAAGAGGAAACUCGCAUUGUGGCGUCACUAAGCGUCCCCAGCUGCGGCUUAAAUUGGAAGACAUGCCUACACCUCAACAAGCCGAAGAACGAGCUCAGCGAGCUGCAACUCGACUUAUUGCGAAGCGAGAUGCAAUAGAGGCUGCGGCCAUUGCAGCUGAAAUUUCGUCGGGAUCGACUGACUGUGCAAGUGGCCCCAGUGCCGCACAGCAGGCGAUGAUGAAACUGAAUCUCAGCUCAGAGUCAGAGUCGGGCCUUCAAUCACCAGACGAGAGCGGGCGACAUAGCGCAGGCAGUGCUUAUUCUCCUAAUCACGGCAUGUUCACAACCAGAAAUGUGGCAGUAUCAGAAGCGGGUAUUUCAUCUCCCGAUGCUGCAUGCCUGCACUUACAAGAAAACCUUGAGCGCGUAAGAGAGGUUGGUCGGGGCGCAUCAGGUGUCGUAUACAAGGCAAUUCACAUUCCAACGCUCAAAGUUGUCGCAGUCAAGGACGUACCCGUUUACGGGCGUGGUCAGCGCCGGCAAAUGGUGCGUGAGCUUCAUGCGCUGUAUUCAAACCUCGUGCCCAUGGCAGACAAUGACAGCCCGAAACCUCAACGUUCUUCAACUGGAAAGAGCGCUGGUAAAGCGAAAGCAAAGCCCAGUCCGUAUAUUGUAUCCUUCUAUGACGCAUUUGUCGAUCGUCCAAAAAACUCCAUUUGUAUGGUCAUGGAAUAUAUGAGUACGGGAUCGCUACAGGAUAUUGUUUUGCGUGGUGGCUGCCGAAAUGAAAAGGUUCUAGCACGGAUAGCAGCAGGUGUAUUACGCGGCUUAUCUCAUAUCCACAAGAAGCGAAUGGUACACCGCGAUAUCAAGCCACAUAACUUGCUCACGAAUCGACAGGGCGAGGUCAAGAUUUCGGAUUUUGGCUUAGCGCGUACUCUGAAUGACAAUUCUACCUCUACGAAAACGUUCGUGGGCACCCUGCUUUACAUGGCUCCUGAACGGAUAGGUGGUGGUGAUUAUUCUUAUCCAGCUGACGUCUGGUCUUUUGGACUUGCCAUGAUAUCUGUUGCCUUGGGUCGCUACCCGCUGCCAACGCAAGAUGGAUUCUUCGGUUUGGUCGACUUCGUUGCAAACGAGCAAUGUCUCAAGCUGCCGGUCGACUUCUAUUCUGACGAAUGCCGUUCGUUCGUUGAUCAGUGCGUGACAUUUGACCCAGAUGAGCGACCUUCGGCAGACACACUCCUUCAGCAUCCUUUCAUUCACAAGUACACGGCUGAGGAAACCCUUGCAGAGUGGACAUUGUUCAUUGACCAGGCACACCUCUGCGAAGAACGUGGUAGUGAAUUGGAAUCCCUGAGUGAUGCAGUCUAUCGUCACAUGUACGAACACUCGGUGAAGUUCGCACACACGCCGCAGUCGGACUACGGGGUAUCAUUUGUGUCACAAGCAACCCCUAUGUUUUUGCGCCGACAAGUAAUGCUUCGGCCAGUUCAAGUGAGCUUACAACUCGGCCUCGCCAACUACUUGGAUGUGCCCGUUCAUUUGGUCUACGAGAAUUUCGAAGAGAAACGUAGCUACUACAGCGACAAAUUGCUGGAAAACUAUUGCUACUCUCCGCAAAGCUGGACGGCCUCGCCAGGAAUUUCACGGCGCCAGCAAUUCGGCAUUGGUACUGACAGUCCACAAUGCACACCGCGCGAGAAGGGUUCAUUUUGGCGAAAGCUGCAGGAGGGCAUGUCGAAACUUAGUCACAGCAAACGCAAGAAGGAGCGAGAACGACGACGCUCUUCCGCUGCGUCAUAG